ACUCUUUUUAAUUCGUAUCACAAUUUUUUAUGUUCAUUUUUUUAAUGGAUUCGUAGAUUUAAGAUAACCCGAUAAUAAUUGUGCAUUCGUGCUGCGAACCACGGUCUUAGGAGCUGUAUUGUUCGUAUUACUACACGAUAUUACACGAUGAGGCUUACGGAUUAUCUAAGAGACUUUAAGAAAGUAGGAGAAUUGACAAAAAAGUAUGCGAAUUUACCGGAUUCGUACAUCAAGCGUAGCAUGGAAAGGAUUGUAUGGAAAACGCCACAAAACAAUCCUCGUUACUUGCCAAGGACAGUUAAAAAGAAAAGGUAUCAUUUUAGCGAACACAGGCCUUGGUCUAUGCCAUUUAAAAGUCAAAACAAUUUUGGCGAUUUAAAGCCAAAAGUAUUUUUGGAACCAAUCAAAGAAUGGUCAAUUUUUAAAGGAGAUAGGGUUGAGAUUUUGGUUGGACCUGAUAAGGGAAAACAGGGAAUUGUUGGACAUGUAAUCCAAGAACGCAAUUGGGUAAUUGUUGAUGGUUUAAAUUGUGAAUUAGAAGAAGUUUCUCACUACAAAGGGCACUUAUCAAUGGUUCAAAUGAAAGAAAAUCCACUAUUAGUCACUAGUGAGGUUGCAUUGGUAGACCCAUCAGACUUGCAAGGCUGUACUGUUGAAUGGAGAUUUACAGAGACUGGUGAGAAAGUAAGAGUGUCUUCCAGAAGUGGAAAAAUAAUUCCAAUCCCAUCAUUAGCAAAGCAAACUUAUGAUUAUAAAACACCAAAUACUUAUAAAGAAUCUGAAAAAGAUACUACAGCAGAUGAUAUAAAAAAAAUAACUUUUUCACCUUUAUUGAAAACAUUUGAAAUGGAUGUCAUGGAUGAAAUGGAUAUCAAAGAAGAUAGAGUGCCAGCUCCGACUUAUUGGUAUUGAUUGUGUAGAAUUGAAGUAGUAUAAAAUAUGUUUUAUGAUAUAUUUCUGCAUUUUGUGUUUAAUUCAUUUAGUGUAAUGGCUAAUUGUUACUGAUGAUUAUUAAUUAUAAUUAAUGUAAUAUAAACUUUUUUUUGAAAUUAAAGUGAAGUUAUAAAAUA